AUGGCUUCCUCCAUUCCAUUUCAAGACCUUAACCUGCCCCCAUAUCCGACCAGUCCCAGCUCCCUCACCCAGUCCCCCAUCAUUGUUCCAAAUAUGGAACCAAAUCUAGAAACCUUUCAUGAAGAAAUGCCGUUGAUCAUUCCAGAUCCUCAAUUCUCAAGAAACAUUGAUUCUGCACCCCUGGCGCAGGAACCAAAUCAGGAUCGACGCGUCUUCGAUAGGCGGUCCUCACAAUUGGUGAGGAUGAACAAUCUGACCCUGGAAGAACAGAGGGUCCUCCGGGAGGACGUGAGGAGGACGAAAAUGCUUUUUGAUUCACUGCGGAUUUCAGUUUCUUCAGAGCAAGAUGAGCUGUUCAGAGAGGGUAACGAAGAAGGGCGUUCUCGAAUCCGUGGCGAUUUAAAAGCAUAUUCCACCAUGAAAAACAAGGGCCUUUGGCUAAAUCGUGAUAAGAGGGUGGUGGGCUCAAUUCCUGGCAUAGAAAUAGGGGAUGUUUUCCUUUCGAGGAUAGAGCUUCAAGUGCUGGGAUUGCAUGGGCAAAUUCAAGCUGGAAUCGACUUCGUUCCAGCUAACCAAAGCACCGACGGGGAGCCGGUGGCGACAAGUAUAGUUGUAAACGAAGGAUUCAAAGAUGAUCAAGAUUUAGGAAAGGAGAUUAUCUAUUGUGGUCAAGGUAAUCAAAUUUCUAAUCAGAGAAUGGAAGGUGGGAAUCUCGCCCUUCAAACAAGUUAUGAUCGAGAAGUGGAAAUCAGAGUCAUAAGAGGUUUCAAAUACGAAGGAAGUGAAACCGCGAAGAUAUAUGUGUAUGACGGUUUAUACAUAAUAACCGAAAUUUGGCUCGAUAUUGGAAGAUCCGGGUAUCAAGUGUACAAAUUUCAACUCGAACGAGUUGAAAAUCAAGCUCGUACAGGGACUCGUGCUUUUAGGUUUACUGAGGACGUCAAGAACGCACCUCAAUCCAUUCUUAGCCCAGAUAUUUCUAUGGGUAAAGAGAGAUUAUUUCCAAUCUCUCUUUUUAAUGAUGUUGACAAUGAUUGUGGACCAAUGCACUAUAAGUACAUUUCCACAACCAUUUUUCCUAGUACGGUUAAUCUCUUUCUCGAUGAAGAUUUUGGAUGUGGAUGUGUUGAUGGUUGUUUUGACAACUGCUCAUGUUGUUGGAAUAAUGGAGGCAAUUUCCCAUAUGACUUUCGAGGAGUUCUGAUCCGAGGUAAACCAGUUAUAUAUGAGUGUGGGCAAGGUUGCAUGUGUCCUCCGACUUGCCGUAACCGUGCAUCCCAGAAUGGGUUGACCAAGCAGUUUCAAGUAUUUAAAUCGGGAGACACGGACAGUUGGGGUGUCCGGUCUUUAGAUUUGAUCAAAUCGGGUCAUUUUGUAUGUGAGUUUGCAGGGGAGGUGGUCACGAGGGCACAAGCACGGGAAAUGUCUAUUAAUCGAGAUCUUUUAAUUGAUGGAAAGUUGUUUGGCGACAAGUGGAAAGAAUGGGGGGAUUUAUCUAGGGCCGUCGAUGAUUAUGUGAUCCCAACAUAUCCUCCCUCGCAACCCUUGGAUUUCAUGAUAGACUUGUCUAAGUUUAGGAACUUGGCAAGUUAUAUGAGGCAUGAGAAUAACGAGCUAGUCGCAAAUGUUAUGGUGCAAAAGGUGUUGUAUAGUCAUCAUAAUAUUUUUUAUCCACAUCUAAUGCUUUUUGCAUUGGAGAAUAUCCCUCCUUGUAGAGAGCUUAUUCUUGAUUAUAAGGAUGUUUAG